AUGCAUUUAGCGCGGGGGCUGGCUGUAGCAGUUGUGAAUGUGAAGCUUCCGGUCCUCCAGUUCGAUACUGAGCGUGAUGAGGUCCGGGCUGCGCUCCGUGAUUUCCCAUCGUUGCGCGUCGAGGUGCUUGCUCACGUAGAAGCAGGCGCGAGUCUUGGCGUUCGAGGGGUAGGCGACAAUGUAGGACAGAAGGAUCGGGACGACAGACUGAGAUAG